CAGGUAUUGAAUGAUCCUGUUCACGGCCAUAUUGAAAUCCAUCCCCUUUGUAUCAAAAUUAUUGAUACACCAGAAUUUCAACGUCUACGUUCUUUAAAACAAAUGGGUCCUGUUUAUAAUGUCUACCCUGGUGCAUCACAUAAUAGAUUUGAACAUUCUAUAGGUGUUUGUCAUCUUGCUGGUGAGAUGGUCUCACGACUUCAAAAACAACAACCAGAGCUUGGUGUAACUGAUGAGGAUGUUUUAUGUGUCAAAAUAGCUGGUCUGUGUCAUGAUCUAGGUCAUGGUCCAUUCUCACAUUUAUUCGACGGUACUUUUAUACGGUUAGUUGCACCCAAAUCUAAUUUUACGCAUGAAAAGGCGUCGAUUAAAAUGUUUGAACAUUUGAUAAAAGAAAACACCCUAGAAAAUGAUUUUAAAGAAUAUAAUUUGAAGCCGGAGGAUAUAGAUUUUAUUAAAGAACAAAUUGCUGGACCAUCCAAUGAGGAUAAAACUUAUAAAGGUCGACCCAACAAGAAAUAUCUGUAUGAAAUUGUAGCUAAUAAAAGAAAUUCAGUGGACGUAGAUAAAUUUGAUUAUUUUGCUCGUGACUCUUAUAUGCUGGGUUUCAAGAACAAUUUUGAUCACAAUCGUUUCCUGCAAUUUUGUCGUGUCAACGAAGAUGAAAAUGGUGACCAACGGAUCUGCAUCCGUGAUAAAGAGGCUGAGAAUCUGUAUGAAAUAUUUCACACCCGUAAAUAUUUACAUAGUCGAGCGUGUAUGCAUGUUGUUGCACAGGCAAUAGAGAGUAUGAUUGUAGAUGCAUUGGAAAUAGCUGAUAAAUGUAAAACUUUUACAUUUCUCGGUGAAGAUAAUACACCACGACGUUUAAGUGAAUGUAUAGACGAUAUGGUGGCGUAUAAGAAACUGGAUGAUACAAUCUUUCAGCGAAUAAUGUGGUCGACAGAACCAGAGUUACAAGGUGCCAGAGAUCUGAUUGAUAGAAUCCAGAAACGUCAGUUAUACAUAUGUGUUGGCACGGCGCAGCGUUCCGAACGUCUAGAUAAGGAAAGGGAGAAGGAUGUGCCAACGGAAAUCGCUAAGUUGGAUAAAACAAGUAAACUAAAACAUGAACUUCUCACAUUGUCGCGUGUUCAUUAUGACUAUUGUAUGAAAGAUGAAGAUCCAGUUAGAUAUUACAGAUUUUACGAGAAACCCAAACAUCAUGACCCUAAAGACCAUAUCAUUAAAAAAUGUUUAAAACUCUGUGAAGACCAGGGCCCCCAGAUGCUUCCAGCGCAUUUUCAAGUAGACAUGAUUCGUAUCUUCUGCAAGGCAAAGGAUCAAGAAACCAUAGAGGCUGCCGAAUCAGCUUUUAAACAAUGGUGUGAUGACAACGAAGUGACGCCAGAGACUAUCAGAGGGGGUUUUAGAUUCGAGAAAGCUACCAAUGGGUAAACCAGCAAAGAAUAAAGAUGACAGAUUUAAAGAAAAAGAUGAAAUGGACUUGAGACAUUUUUGUGUGUGUGUUUUUUUAAUUUAUUUCUUUUAAAUUAUUUGCUUGAGAGUUUAAAAUCUAUUUAUUGUUUUACAGUUUUAGUUUAUAUU